UUGUACACACUCCUCUCUAGGUUCCCUCCUCCCUGAGGGUGUUCCCUGGUCUCCACUCCGUGGAUCACUGUGUCCUGGGAUCACAGCUCUGAGCUGGGGAAUGCCACAGGCUGCCAUGGGGCACAGAUUGGGCACACAGUGCAGAAAGUCCAGGGGAUUUCUCAGGAUCACCCUCCUCCUGGUGCCAAUAUUUGCAGUAGCAGGUGACUCAGCGGUGACGUGUCCUCCAGACGCCGGGUUCCCAAAUGGGCUCACACACCUAACCAAUGGAUUAAAUGUGGGAAGCACUGCAAAAUUCCUAUGCCCUUCCGGAGAGUACCCUUGGCCCGCUAGCAGCAGGACGUGUCAAGCAAAUGGGCAAUGGAGUGCAAUGAGAUCAAACACUUGGAGAAAGGUUACAAGAAUCUCUUGCAAAAAAAUGAGAUGUCCUGACCCUCUGGUUUUUGAAAAUGGAGGCUUCCACCCCAGGGGACCUUACCUAGUAGGAACAAAUAUCACCUUCAUGUGUAAUGAUGGGUAUAUUCCGCGAGGAUCCAUGAAAAGAACAUGUAAGAUAAAUGGAAAGUGGAGUGGUGAGACCGCAGUCUGUGAUGAUGGAGCUGGUCACUGCCCUGACCCGGGGACACCGCCUGGAGCAGUAAAAACAGGGGUCCGAUAUGAUGUGGAUGAGAGCAUCUCAUACAGGUGUGCCAGUGGACUUUCUCUGAUGGGGUCAGCAAAAAGAUCCUGUUUAGAGAGCAGGCGCUGGAGCGGGACAGAAGUCAGCUGCCAAUACCCUUAUUCAUUUGACCUUCCUGAGGAAGUUGGAGAGCAUUUUGCGGGGUCACUGUCUGGGAUCUUGACCACCAAAGAAAAGAAAGAUUCAUUAAGCAUUGGACGCACAAUAAAGAUAGAAAAGGACGGCAUUCUCAAUGUGUAUAUCCUCAUAGAUGCCUCACACAGUGUCGGUGAGGACAACUUCAAGAUCGCCAAGGACUGUACAAAGGAGUUUGUCCAAAAGCUUGGUGAGUUUGAUAUGAAGAUUGAAUUUGGAAUACUCUCUUAUGCUUCGGAGCCUAGAAGCAUCAUCAGGAUUCAUGGAGAUUUAUCGGAUGACCCUGAUGAAGUAUUGGAACUGAUAGAGAACAAUCUGGAUUACAGCAAGCAUAAGGACAAAUCAGGAACAAAUAUUUAUGCUGCUCUGAAAGAUGUGCUAGAUAUGAUGUCAUUCCAAGAGCAGAAAUACCGGAACAAGACAGAGUGGAGAUCGGUUCGCCAUGUGGUCGUCCUGCUGACUGAUGGAAAAGCUAAUAUGGGCGGUCGGCCUGUGGACAUGAUAAAGAGAAUUAAAGGGUUCCUGGACAUCAAACAAGGCAGAGAAGAUUAUCUGGACGUCUAUGCCUUCGGAAUCGGCAAUGACAUAGAUAAGACUGAGCUGAGUGAGAUUGCGUCACAAAAGGAUAAAGAAAAACACGUGUUUAUCUUGGAGGAUACAGAAAAGAUGAAGACUGUGUUCCAGGAAAUUACAAAAAUCAAGAACUACGGGGAAAUGUGUGGUCUCAACGUCGAGACAUCAGAAUCAGAAAAGAGUGAGCGGCAUCCCUGGAAUGUGUUGGUUGCAUCUAAAUCCACAAACCCCUGCUUCGCCUCGCUGAUCUCCAGUUCCUGGGUCCUUUCUGCUGCUCAUUGCUUUCAGGCAGGCCAACCACCAAAUGUAUACUCAUUUGAAAUUGGGGGAAAAAUCUACCAUGGAAAGCAAGUUGAGAUCCAUGAUUGUUACCAGCUGCGGAGGAAAGUGAACAUUGGCGUGAAAGUAGAUUAUGACUAUGAUGUGGCUCUUGUCAAACUGGCGGAGAAAGUAACAUUCUCAAACAAGGCCAGGCCAAUCUGUAUCCCCUGCACGGAGCCCGCCAACAGAGCCAUGAAAAAAGGAGCCGGUACCACCUGCAAUGACCACCGUCAACGUUUAUUGGGCAACCAGGAUGAUAUACCAGCUGGAUUUCUGUCUAAAAAUCAGGAUGAUCCAAAAGAGCUGGAAGAGAGUCACGUCACGAUAAAGAGUAACCAUGCCAGAGAUGAAUGCACACGGGCUCUUCAAAAAUGGGAUCAAUUCAAAAACAUUAGCAUCAAGGAUAUGGUGUCGCCGCGACAUCUCUGUGUAGAGGGGGACAUGUCGUGCAAGGGAGAAUCAGGUGGCUCUCUCUUUGUUGACUUGAGGGAAAGGCAAAGAUUCUUUCAGGUUGGGAUUCUCAGUUUUGGACUAUAUAACCCUUGCAAAACGCGUGGACAGCGGAAACCCAAUAAUAACGCCCGGGAUUUCUAUGUGAACAUCAUGGAGGUCUUGCCCUGGCUGCGCAAGCACCUUGCAGGAGAACUAGAUUUUCUACCAGGGAUACCGGACCAGGCCGAGAUCGUCUGUCCUACGUAAUCCCCGGCGCGGCACAGAUCUGUUCCUGAUAUCUGAUCGCAAUAUGUUAACCACACACAUCAAAUUGUUUAGCGUGUCACGUGAUGCUGCCUGUAGUAUUUUAUAUUGCAGCUUUUUUAUAUUGGCCAGAUUUUCCUGUUGUUUGACUAAAUGUAAAUGCUAUAUAUUGACUAACAGCUUCCUCUGUGUGAUUGCUGAUCUUACUCACUGAAUAAAUGGUAAUUUAAUAACAUAA